AUGCCCUUUCUCUCUCAGCUCCUCGUCCUUGUGGGCGUCUUGUCGCUAUUCCAUGCGGCUUAUUCUGCUCACGAAUUUUCGACUCUAUCAACCAAACUCCACAAACCUGCUCCCUUACCCCUUGACAUCAAGCUGGAGACUCUUGUUUCAGUAUUUAUGGCAUGCUUCGGUCUCAUACUCGGAUCAGACCCAUUGAAACCCGUCAGCUGGAGUGCUUGGGCAGGCAAGAUAGAAAGAGAAGGCCAGCCAAAUCCUUUCCGGGGCCUUGAGGAACGAGUGGGCUUUAUGGACAUCAGGGCUCAGCGAAGCGAAUUCUCAAAAUGGGCUCGUCAGCAAGGCAAUCCCUCGAAGAGUUGA